ACAUUCUAAAUACGCUCGUAUCGAGAAAGAUUUACGCCAGAUUACGGACGUCUGGAUUACGUCCUUUUUCGAAAGUUUUCUUUUUUGGAUCUUUAUUUAGAUAUUUAAAUCCUCCAUAAUCUUAUCGUUGCGGUGGAGUACAGAAAUAUUUAAUGCCCACUGAGAAGAAGUAUCAUCAGUUAUACGAGUGUUUAUAAUCCUUAUAUUUCCAUAAGUUCCAGGCAAAGACAAGGUUUUUGGGGAUUAGAGUUGUGCAGAUUAAGUAUUUUGUCAAAAAAAAGUAAUUUUUGGAUUAAAAAAAAGCAUUUUUCUCCCAAAUGCGUCACAAAGGUCGAAUUUUUGCAUGAAUUUUAGGAGUUUUUUCAUUUCUUGGGAAUUCCCAAAACAAACAAAAAGGAAGACGAAGCCACGGCGGCCAAUUCCGUGAUUAUAACGUGACCAGAGUCACAUGCCGAACGCCGUAACUAUAUUCACGGCUUUUGUGAAAGUUCAAACCUCUCGAAGCAGUUCGUCCACUUCCCGGUUCCCUCGAUCCACAGUCUUCUUCACAAGGUGCGAUUCUUUUUCUAGUUCACCUUUUCUCCCAUCCCGAAGUUUAAAAAUCGCAACUUGGAGUCGUUCUUGCCGUUUUAUUGUUCGAGCAGCAGCAGCAGCAAUGGAUGCAUGCGGCGUGGGGUUGAAGGCGAGUGCUUGUUUCGGCCGAGUGAAGCGGCGAAGUGUCGGGAAUGGGGAAAGCGUGAUUUGGGGCGAAGGGUUUGGAGCGGGUCCGAGAACUAAACAAUCCCCCAAAGCGGCGCAAACCCUGAAGAAGACCGGCUUACGGCUCAACGCCGGAGGGGUUGCAUUCGCCGUUCUCACUUCAGAUGUCAACCAGGAGACCAUGGUUUUCCAUGGACCGAUGUUCGGAAACCGAUUGGCAGAUCCAAAGAGUGUUGCUUCUAUAAUCUUAGGGGGUGGGACUGGCAGUCAGCUGUUUCCUCUCACUGGCACAAGAGCCACACCUGCAGUUUCGGUUGGUGGAUGCUAUAGACUUAUUGACAUCCCGAUGAGCAAUUGCAUCAACAGCAGGAUAAACAAGAUAUUCAUAAUGACACAAUUCAAUUCAGCUUCACUAAAUCGACACAUUUCUCGAACAUAUAACUUCGGGAAUGGAAUCAGCUUCGGUGAUGGAUUCGUUGAGGUUUUAGCAGCUACACAAACCCCUGAAGACAUUGGAACCGGUUGGUUUCAGGGCACGGCAGAUGCUGUCAGGCAAUUCACUUGGGUUUUUGAGGAUAACAAGAACAAGAAUAUUGAACACAUACUAAUUUUAUCCGGUGACCAACUUUACCGUAUGGAUUAUAUGGAUCUUGUUCAGAAACAUAUUGAUACUGAUGCUGACAUCACGAUCUCGUGUGUGCCUGUGGGUCAAAGCCGAGCAUCAGAUUACGGACUAGUGAGGAUGGACAAGUCCGGUCGAAUCACCCAAUUUUGUGAGAAACCUAAAGAUGCCGACCUCGAAGCUAUGAAGAAUGGUGGAACUUUUCUCCGAAUGUCUCACCAAGAUUCUAUGCGAUAUCCAUACAUUGCGUCGAUGGGAGUGUAUGUGUUUCGACGAGAUGUUCUACUAAAUCUUCUAAGGUGGAAUUAUCCGAAAUCAAAUGACUUCGGUUCAGAAAUUCUUCCUUCUGCUGUAAAGGAGCACAAUGUUCAGGGAUAUAUAUUCAAUGACUACUGGGAGGAUAUCGGUACGAUCAAAUCCUUCUUCGAUGCAAAUUUGGCAUUGACAGAACAGCCUCCGAAGUUUCAAUUUUACGAUCCUAUGACGCCUUUCUACACAUCGCCGCGAUUUCUACCCCCAACGAAAAUAGAAAAGUGCAAGAUUGUGGAUGCAAUUAUCUCACAUGGGUGCUUCUUACGCGAAUGUAGAGUCGAUCGUUCGAUAGUCGGAGUGCGUUCGCGGCUAGAUUAUAGCUCAGAGUUGAAGGAUACGAUGAUGAUGGGUGCUGAUACCUACGAAACCGAAUCCGAAAUCGCUUGUCUACUCGCAAGCGAUAGAGUCCCCAUAGGCAUUGGACGCAACACCAAGAUCAGGAACUGCAUCAUCGACAUGAAUGCGAGGAUCGGGAAGAAUGUGGUUAUUGCAAACAAAGAUGGUGUCCAAGAAGCUGAAAGGCCCUCGGAGGGCUUCUAUAUACGAUCGGGGAUCACGAUCGUGGUGAAGAAUGCUACGAUCAAAGAUGGGACAAUUAUAUAGAAGUAUUCCUUGUCACCCUCUUUCGAAAAACUACUACACGAAUGCAAAUAUAUACAUAUUUGUUUAUGGCUUUUGCCUACGAUAAUAAAAUGUCGCGAGAGUCUAGCGACUGGCAUCCUUUAUCAUAAAUCA